CAACAAUCUACAUCCUCACAGUAGCACUUGCAAGAUGAGCAAUUCCAUCUGUGCACCGCCCUCGAGUAGGGUUGCAUUUGUCACCGGUGUCAACGGCAUCAGUGGCCAUGCUAUUGUCGAACAUCUGAUUCGGACGCCCAAGUCUGAGUGGUCCCGAAUCUUCAUCACUUCGCGCAAGCUGCCAAGCAACUACUGGGUUGAUCCUCGAGUUACCUUCAUCGGUAUCGACUUCCUAGACUCUCAAGAAGUGAUUGUGGAGAAGAUGAACGCUGCGUGCAAGGAUGUUACCCAUGCAUACUUCACCUCGUACGUUCACAACAGUGACCUCAGCAAGCUUCCUGAAAAGAACAAUCCGCUCUUCCGCAACUUUCUGGAAGCAAUUGAUGUAACGUGUCCGAAGCUUCAACGCGUGUGCUUGCAGACUGGAGGAAAGCAUUAUGGAGUUCAAUUCCAGAACUUCAACACGCCUUGUCAUGAGGAUAGUCCACGAUACGACGGCCCGGGAAGCGAAACCAUCUUCUAUUAUCAACAAGAGGAUAAUCUCUUCGAAAUUCAGAAACGUCGCAACACCUGGCACUACAACAUCAUUCGGCCUUUCGGCAUUAUCGGAUUCGCCCCACAGUUCUCCGGCAUAAACGAAGCCCUCCCAAUCGCCCAAUACUUCCUCAUCUGCCGUGAACUAGGCCAAAGCCCAAAAUGGCCCGGAAAUAUCAAUGGCUACCAUCGAGUCGAUGACCAAUGCUACGCCCCCAGCAUCGCCGAUCUAACCGUCUGGGCUACAACGCAAGACCACUGCAAAGACGAAGCAUUCAACCACUCUAAUGGUGACGCGAUAGUAUGGCGGUUCCUCUGGACCAUGUUUGCGCAGUACUACCACGUUCCGAUGGACGGAUCCGAAGCCCCCAGCGACGACGGAAAGCCCCAGAUGGAACUGGUCGAGUGGGCUCAGGACAAGAGGGUUGUUUGGGAAGGUAUUGUGGGGAAGUAUGGUGGUAAUUCUGAAUCGUUCCAGAUGCAUGGGUUUGCGAUGAUGAAUUGGCUGUUCUGUCCGAGAACGCCGGGGGCGCCGUUUAUGAGUACUGCGGUGAAGGCGAGGAGGCUUGGGUGGGAUCGUAUUGAUGAUACGUAUGAAGCGUGGCUUAGUACGUUCCGGUCGUAUGAGAAUGCCGGUGUUCUGCCCAGUCCGGAUUCUGUUCCUAAGACGGGACAUUCCAACUGAAUCCCUUCGAACCUCCAACACUCGUGACUACCCUGGCCGAGGGCUUUCAAUCCUUAAAAGAAUGUGUUUGCUUUUGUUGAUACUGCUUAUAGAAGAAUGAAAAAGCUUUGAUCCUUGGUUGCAUAGA